AUGGCAUUUUCCAUCUUAACACCAGUCUUUAUAGCAAUCAUCUGUGUAUUAAUUGGAAUCAUACUGAAAAGCAGCGGGAAAGGGACCAAAAAAUUGGAAAGCAAACCCAACCAGAAGGCUGAGUCUCGCCCAUGGGUGGAUGAAGACUUAAAGGACAGGACUGACCUUCCAGGAGAAGAAGAUGAUGGUGGCGAAUGGCAAAGCUUAGAUGACAACCUUGCUCACGUCCCUUUCAUGACUGAGCGUUACUCUGAAGAGGACAUGGUUAAAAGAUCAAAGGAUUUUUAUGCCCUGCUCAAUAAGAGACGGUCUGUCAGGUUUAUAAGUGAUGAACCAGUCCCAAGGGAGGUUAUUGACAAUGUGAUUAAAGCAGCAGGAACAGCUCCCAGCGGGGCACACACAGAGCCAUGGACCUUUGUUGUAGUACAAGAUCUAGAAAUAAAACAUAAAAUCCGGGAGAUCAUUGAAGAGGAGGAAGAAAUAAACUAUAAGAAAAGAAUGGGGUACAGAUGGGUUAAUGACUUGAAAAGACUGAGGACAAACUGGAUCAAAGAAUACUUGGAUACAGCUCCCUACCUGAUCCUUAUUUUCAAGCAGGUGUAUGGAAUGCUUCCAGAUGGAAAAAAGAAAACCCAUUACUACAAUGAGAUCAGUGUUUCUAUUGCCUGUGGCAUUCUCCUCGCUGCACUCCAGAAUGUGGGUUUGGUGACGGUGACUUCGACACCCCUGAACUGUGGCCCACACCUGAGAGCAUUGCUGCAGCGCCCAGUGAAUGAAAAGCUACUUCUGCUGCUGCCUGUUGGGUACCCCAGUAAAGAUGCCACAGUGCCCGACCUGAAACGAAAGCCAGUGGAUGACAUUAUGGUGGUUGUAUAAACAUGC